CGCCCGCCUCUGCUUCCGGUCCCCCGCUCUCUGGCACGAACGCCACACCGGACGAUGGAUAAUUCAGACUCACAGCGCACACCCCUUACUGCUUCGUCGCAGUUCAUCCAGGCCGACGAUGAUGAUGACUACGACGAGGAGAACAUGCCCGGGUUCACCAACCCCGCCCUCGCGAGCCCGGUAGCCGACAAGGGAAAGACGCGCGCGCAUGAACCGGAGCAACUUGCGCCUCCUUCAUCAGCCGGGCCUUCAGGGCUGUCGGGGAACAUUGGGAGCUCGAGCGGCGCGGCUCCGCAAGCGACUAGGUCGACUGUCGGUGGUGUGAGGGUAGAGACGAGAUAUACGGGGCAGGAUACUCUUGAUGAACCAGUGGGGACGACGAUUGCGCGCGACGCGCUGUCCAUCUACAACAAACUUAUACAUGUCCUGUAUCCGCGCAAAUCCACGGGCCGCGAGGUCCUCAAGGACUGGGAUCUUUGGGGCCCACUCAUCCUCUGCCUCGCUCUUGGUAUUAUGCUCAGCAUAAAUGCUCCCCCGAAUCAGUCCAUCGGUGUCUUUACCGGCGUCGUUGUCAUCUGCUCCCUCGGCUCUCUAGUCGUAACAAUACAAGCCAAGCUUCUCGGCGGUCGAGUCUCCUUCUUCCAAGGCCUCUGCACCCUCGGAUAUUGCAUCGCACCUCUCAACCUCGCCGCCCUCAUUUCCUGCUUCGUCCACGUUAUCUACGUGCGCGCCCCGCUUGCCAUCCUUGCAUGGGCGUGGUGCAUAUGGGCUUCCGUAAACUUCUUGGACGGGACGAAAAUCGAGCCACAGAGGAUACUGUUGGCCGUGUACCCGUUGUUACUCUUCUACUUCAUCCUGGCGUGGAUGAUCCUGAUCCAAUGAACCUGGGGAACCGUAUUUAUUGUCGGACUGACUGGACCUAUGGCCGUAUCAAAAGCAAUGAGAUGUUAUUCUUCUUCUCCUGGGCACAUCGUCGUCGAUCCCUGUACUACUGCGACGCGUUCGGUGAGCCCCACAUUCCUCUAGUUGUCAGGUGCGGGCGAAGGAUCCGAAGUGCCUGAAGACGGGAGCGGCGGACUGCCUGAAUCAGACCCGUCCUCCUCAUCGUCCGCCAGCAGACCUCCGCUGGCCUCCACCCCGUCCCCCAUAUCUGACAGCGAUGGGGUCGGUCCAGUGCGG